AUGUACAUCCCUACAGCUAACCACAAACCCCGGCGUACCCGACACUUGUUUCGCCUCGAGGCGUCCUCAGGAGUACCUGAUCUUUCAAGUACUAACCAAGCGUUUCUUUUGUUUCAGUCGGACGGCAGUCUCUUCUUGCAGAACAUAAGCGCGCAAGACAGUGGUCUGUACGAGUGCGGCGUUGAAAACGAGACUGCCUUUAUGGACAGAGUCAAUCUCACUGUUAGAACGGAACCACCUCCCCUGGUCAACGUGACAGUGCAUGCGUCCACAAUACUUGCACUGAUCCUGUGGAACGUUGCUGGAGACGGCGGGCACCCGAUCAUCGACUUCACUGCGCAGUACCGAUCUGCCACUCCUAUCAACGGGUCUCUGGAGCCUUGGCGGGCGAUUAGCCCGAAUCACAUCAGUCCUAACUCGCGGCAAAUCGACGUGUACCACCUGGAUACAAACGCGUCUUACUCGUUUCGCGUAUGGGCCACCAACGCGCUCGGUCCUGGCCCGCCGGUCGAGGUGGUCGCAACCACCCUCUACAGCGAUCAGGAUGCCGAGCUGUACAAGCAUUUCCUAGAAGGCGCAGAGACAUUCGACACACGCACGUGGCUGGCAGCCGUGUGCGUAGUGAUGGGCACACUGUGCGUGCUGGCCGCGGGGACCUGUGCCGUGCUGUGUCGCGAGUGGCGGCGCUCCGAAUCCGGUGAGGAGCAAGAUGUAAUGGAAUUAGUGCCUAAUAUAAUCCUAAACCCUGGGUUCAUGGAGACGGACCCAGUGCGAGAGAGGCCCCGGGAGAGCUACGCAGCGUCAAUUAUUAAGUCCACAGAAUGCCCUGGCCCGGGGAAGCCGAGGCGAGUCUGAUUCUCGUCUAUACUGAACCUUAGGAUAUUCUAUCGCACGGAAUCGGGAAUGUCAUGAUAAACUGCUUAACGUUAUCGCGUUUUUCGUUAUUUGUUAUUACAGUACAAGUAACACACAAUUAUGAAAAGAAAUUCAACGUGUUCAAAAACGCCAGUUUGUGAAUGGACUCAUC